GAUAAUAUAUCAAGACUAUACCAGUUUUUCAUAUUUAGCCGCCAUGUUCAGUUUAGUUCGCGGUGUUGUGGUUGCAAAAAUGUUGUAUAUAUUUAUAAUAAUGACAAGUUAGUGAGCCACCAAGAUAAUAAUUAAGAUUCUUAUUAACCAUAAUGCUAAUUCCGAAGAAUACAUCAAAUGUAAUACAAUGUGUAACAUGCGGUGCUGAAAAUCAUAAAAAUAUAUCUAUGCAGGACUGUGUCAAAAUUAAUAAUUUGUUUACAAAGUUUGUUCCUGAUUUUACCUUUCAACAAAUUAAAGAUUGUGAAAAUUUAUUUCAAAAAAGUUUACUGAGCUUGAGUUGUGCUCAGUGUUGGAAAUUGACACGUGCCAUAUGUGAUUUUCGUAUGAGGUCUCUGAUAAGCUCUAACAAGCUUCGGAUGAGAUACGUACAGGGAGAAAGCGAGCGGCAGACGCAAUCAUCUGCUGAGGAGAAUUGGUUGAAAAUUAUUGAUGUCAUAUCUCAGAGUGGCAGUGAUGUCAGCAAAGUCAGCCGGCGAACAACACGAAAAUCCGAGCGAGAUAAAUUUCAUACUAAUAAUGGAACAUCUCAAUCAGAUCAUAAUUCAGUUAUGGGAAGCAGUAAUGGUGCCACUGAUCAUAAAAAACUGUUUCCUAAGACUGUCGGAAAUCCAAAGGUUCUUGGUAUGAUGACACGUGGCAAGAAAUUCGGUCAAUCUUCGGAUGGUAGUAAUAAACGAAAGAAAAAAUUAGAUCUUGAUUCCAGUUUGGAUGAGAUUGAGAUUUCAUCAAAAUCUUCAAGGGUCUCCAGUUUGAACCAGAAUAUUGCAAUGGGAAAAUAUUAUUCUCCAAAUGGCUCAUGUAUCUCAGAAAAUAUUGAAAUUGAUAACAUUUUAGAACAUAAUGAUAUGCUUGAAGUGCAUGAAAAUGAAAUUCUUCAAAUCAAUUUUAAUCACAUCAACGCUAACACAAGAGGACCAACUUAUCAUAGCUCUCCAAUUGACAAAGGUAGUUCAUUUGAUGUAGGUCAUAAAUCAUCCAGAAAUAACAUAGCCAUAGAUGAUGAGAAAGAUGUAUUGCCAAUGAUGCCUGAAAAUCAUCCUCCAUUACUUGAAGUUCUAUAUACAACACCAGUCGAAUCUGCAUUAGAAACAGAAUCAGGCGGUCGUGUUGAUAAGCAGAAUGAUGAAAUUACUAUUGCGGCCAGAAGAAAAUCAAGUACAUGUGCAUUCUGCAAAAAGUACUUUAGAACACAGUUAUUAUUGAAUAGGCAUCUUGUCAAUACUCAUAUUCAUGAUAAGAGGAGGGCUUUGAAGGAACAAAGAGAACAGAAGGCUGCAGAUAAAUCGCAUGUAUGCAAAAUUUGCCAUAAUAGUUUCCGAACAAAUUAUAUGUUGAAAAAACAUGAGAAAUCUCAUAAAAGAUAUAAUUGCCAGGUGUGUAAUGCUGAAUAUGCAAAUCCAAUGGACUUUACAUGGCAUGUGGCAAAAUGUUCAGGAGCAAACCGAUCAAUGAAUGCUAAUGAUAAUGGCGCUUGGACUAGAUCUAGAAGUAGGCAAAGCUCAACACCUGGUCCUUCAAGUAUUAUUAAUGAGGUUGAUGUUGAUUACAAUGAUAAUGUUUCUGUCAUGGGCACUGAACAAUCAACAUCUCUGGUAAGAGCAAAUGAGCUGUCAGAAAUCAGUAAACAAGAAUUAGAAAAGUGGAUUGAAGAAUCAGCAAAAGUUCAAACUAGUAAGAAACAAAAAAGAAAAAAUAUUACAAGAAGAAGGAGAAGUUCUGCUAGGAGCCAUAAACAAUACAAAAGUGAUGAAUGUGACGAUGAAGUGGCUAACCUCAAUUUGUCCAGUGCAAGCAGAACUACUCGAUCAUCAACGCCGUUUCCUGGCCGAAAUUCAUCAAUGUCAGCUGCAGAAAGCUUUAUAUCGAAUCGAGCAACUACACCUUAUUCUCAAAAUCUGGCAAUAAUAUGGAGAACUGGGAUAGAUUCCACUGAUCUGGAAGCUAAAUGCAAUUUUAAUUCUUCUGAAUAUUCAUAUGAAGGUAAUAAAAGUAAAGAAACUAUUUUGACUAACAUAUCAACUUUAUCAUCAAGACCACGUACUAGGAAUGUUACUAGAGCUCUUAAACAGUUGGAACAAGAUUUAAAAUCCGAAAAUUGUUGGAAUUCCAAUUGUAGCAGAACUACUGUAAGUCAAAAUCGAGCAGAUUUUAGUCAGAGAAGAAAUCACUUAAGUCAUAGAAGAAAUAGUUAUGCAAAGAGAAGGAACAGUGUUAGUCGAAUGGGUACACCAAACUCUUAUAGUCAAAUGAGUACCAGUCGCAGCACAAGCCGAAGUAGCAAUAAUUAUAGAAAACUAUAUAGAAGAUCAGUAAGGUCACAAAAUGAUGGAUUUAAUGCCCUAAUAUAUGAGUGUAUGGAAAUUAGCUGCUCUGGUAAAUUUAAUAACUUAGAUGAUCUCAUGGAGCAUGAAGAGAAAGAACAUUUAUUACUAAAACUGUUUUAUUGUGAGGAAUGCUCAAUGAGAUUUACUUGCAAAAUAUCAACACCUUGCAGAAGGGAAAAUUGUUGGAAAAGGUUUAUAGUACCACUAGAUUUCAUGAAGCGUAGAAAUGAUUUACAUCAACGUCACAUCACUAAUGAAGAAGAGAAAGCUUUUGUCAGGCAUUGCAUGAAACAGAGAGCCGUGGAAGAAGGUUUAGAAUAUAUGAAUAAUAAAAUUGCAAAGCGUAAGUAA